GGAUGAGACGGGAGAGAAAAGAAGACCAAGUCCACCCGAAGACAUCCAUUAAAUUCACCUGCAGGAUUUUAAAAAUGUGUUUGGCUCCGACGUGGUGGCUUUGUAUCGUUUGUGCGACAGGUGUCCUCCCUCCCCGUUGCUCUGGGGUCAAUGUGCUCGUGAGAGAUGAGAAGAAGUAUACUGUGCUGUUCCAGUCGGUGGUUCUGCCGUGUCAGUACAACAGCGUCUCCACCCAGACGCCCGUGGUGCAAUGGGUCUACAAGUCGUACUGUCGGGACCGCACGCGGGAUUCCUUCAACUUCCCCGACAGCCUGAGUGGAGGCCAGGGAGGCGGCGGGCUGACGGGAGGAACCAGAGGAGCCGGUGGAGUGUACGAGACGGGGAUGGCGGCAAACUACCUGGACUGCGCUGACGCCAGCCGCACGGUCCGCACUGUGGCCUCCAUGUCGGGUUCCUCGGUCACACUGUCGGAGUACUACAAGAGCAGAGACAUCUCCAUCAUCAACAAGGCGGACCUGCGCAUCGGAGAGGUCCAGUGGGGAGACAGUGGAGUCUACAUCUGCAAAGUUAUUAUAUCUGACGACUUAGAGGGCCAGAACGAAGCCUCCGUGGAGCUGCUGGUUCUUGAGUGGCUGUUUGUGGCGGCCGUGGCGCUGGGCAGCGUCUUGUUCCUGCUGUUGUUUGGGGUGUGUUGGUGUCAGUGCUGUCCUCACUCCUGCUGCUGCUACGUCAGCUGCUGGUGCUGCCCUGACACUUGCUGCUGCCCUCGACACCUGUACGAGGCAGGUAAAGGUUUAAAGGCGGUGACCUCCACUCCUGCCUACCCUCCAUACUUUGUCACUGGUGUCCCGACAAUGAUCCCCAUCGCUCCCCCUUCUCUGGUGGACAAGAUGUCCUCCGGCCCCCCUUCAGAUGGAAGCAUACUCACAGCAGUGCCGAUGCAUGCUGUAGGGGUUCCCUACCGCAUGCCUUCGCCUCAGGAUCAGGACUCUCUCAGGGUGCUUCAGUAUGUCGAGAAACAACUGGCUCACUUCAACCCUGCCAGGUCCACCAGCCACCAGUCAUGUAGCCUGUCCGAGCUGAGCUCCCUCCACGAGGGAGAAACCGGCUUCCGCCAAACAUACCGGAAGGUCCAGAAGAAAGCUCUGCCCGCCAUCCCGGACCAAGACCCUCAGCCUGAGCCGCAGCGCUACCGCGACAAAUCCCCCUCACACCAACGAUAUGGCGAUGCCCCCGACUCGGAGCCCCGCCGCUUCCAGGACGAGAAGCUUCCUCCGCGGCGGUACAGCGACGACCCUCCGUCCGCCUCGCAGGCGCGCAAGUCUGGCCGAAAUCAACGGCAACAGAAUCACAGCGAUGAGGACAACCACAAAAGGUGGAAUCCUCGUUCAGAGCAUCUGCAUAGAAAGAGUUACCGUGCCGCCGGAGGAACCUGCUCCCUGGAUGAGCUGGAGGAGUUUGCUGCCUCCUACAAGCAGAGUGGAGGCAGAGCGGAGGGGAAAAGGGAAGAGGAGAGGGGAGAGUAUGAGAUGGAGCUCCGGGAGUUCAGUCGAUAUCCCUCCCACCGUAAUGGCCCAUCUCAGCAUUAUCACACCGAUGAGAACGAGCUCGGAGACGACAGCGACCAUGAAGAUCGUCCCAGGCGGAACAAGAAAAGCGGACAUAGCAUAAGCCCACUUCAGUCUCCCCAAAAAAGGAGGGGCACUUGGGACAGCGAGCGCCCCGCUCCCCCUCCCCUCAGAGUCAGUCCACCAUCAGCCUCUUCUCAAGAGAAGGACUACGAUGGCACGAUCCUGAACAACCUGCUGGACCGCAAGGCUCAGUUGCGAGGGGUCAGCCAAGGGAAGAGCGGGGCCCGGGGCGAGGAGGACUCGGACACGCCCUCCAAGGGUAGCUCGAAGAAGAGCAGCGGGGAAUCUAGUCGCCACUGCAGCCGCUCGCCCAGCAACAGGCCCGAGGCAGAUUCGCAGCCUCCUUACUCCGACACAGAGCGAAGCAGAACUGACGGGCCGUCUCCGCGGCUCAGAGAGGAGCCCAGAGACAAGACCCGCAAAGUGAGCACUCUCCUCAGCCGGGACUCCCUCAUCGUCUGACGCACUGAGAGACUCACAAACUGAGCACUCUACAGGAGCUGCAUGUCAGCUGAUCAUAUUUGAGAAAUACUCCUCUUGCAAAUACAUGCAAUUGAAAGUGCAGGAUGCUGAAUCAGCACCGAAGGAUGAAGAAACAGAGGAACUUUUACUAUUCAGACUGACACCGGGGUUUCUGCCUCUGACGUCGCCGAAGGAUGAAGUCAUCACUGUUCGGCUUCUGUCACCGGCUGCCUCAUAAGUACUGUGUGUAUAUAGAUACAUAUAUCUCUCAGCCGGACUAACACAAAACUAGUGAGUGCUGGGUGCAGGCUAUGACCUGCUCAUCUCCUCCCGUCACUUUAGAAAAGACUGGUUUACUCUUCCAGCACAAUGAGUGCAUUCAUUUCCACUUGAUGAGAUAUCGGGUUUAAAUAAGCGCAGUUGCAGAAGAGGAGGUACAUGACAACAGCAUUAUUGUAGAGCACAUACUGUAGCUUCAGCUGAAAGACAAUACACACUGUCAUUCAGUAGCACAUUCAGGGACUAGAGCACCUCAUGCAGCAGCUCUUGCGAUGUGAUUUUAAUGUUAACUAAAGCUGGUAGUACUAACCAACACUGCAGAUGUGGAUAUGAUGUUCAUCUACAGAGAGGAUGGACAAAGUCCUGAAAAUACACCAUGGAAAAGGACAGAGCUUAAAGCUGCAUUCAGCGAAAGCCGGGCCAGCCAUGUCAACACGACUUCCUGAGUUAAUGAUGGAGUUACAACAUCGGUCGGUCGAGUGUUGGAGUUUCCCCGUUGUCCGAUGCUCUUUCCAAUUGAAUGGGCUGCAAGCAUUCCUCAAUUAUUGACUCAAACAUAGUUUGCCCUUUUCAUGUGAUCUGCUACUUCAGGACACCUUUAGAACAAAUAUUACUGGCACCACGACAGAGAAUGAGAAUAUUGAGCUAAAAUCUCCCGCUAAAAUUCAGCACAACAAUUCAGUGUAACUGAGAGAUGUUGAAACAUUCAUAAGGUUUUAUUUGUUUUUACAAAUGUGUUUACAGCUUCUUCUGCUGCCCCCAUGUGGCCAACAUGUCUAUUACAGUUUUUUUCGAUUGCUAAAUGACAGCGGGCACAACUGGAGUCACAUGUGCAAAACUCUAACUACAGUCUGCACUCCCAACAGUCACCUGAGCUAAACACCUCACAUCACCUGCAAAACUCAUAACAAGCAACACAACUCUUAACACAUGGCUCAAAACACACUCAGUGCAGCCAAACACUGCACAGCCCUCACUGAGGUAACACACUGAGGUAACACACUGAGGUAACACACACUGUCACACUGAGGUAACACACACUGUCACUCAGAACACACUGAGGUAACACACACUGUCACUCAGAACACACUGAGGUAACACACACUGUCACACUGAGGUAACACACACUGUCACUCAGAACACACUGAGGUAACACACACUGUCACACUGAGGUAACACACACUGUCACUCAGAACACACUGAGAGUAAAAACACGAGCAUCAAACACCAAUACAGAAAAUACAAACUUUUCAUCUUUACAGUUUGAACAAUUUCAGUGACUUCAAACAAAGUAAUAUUUUCUUCAAAGAAAAGAGUGACAUUCUUUCACAUGAUUUAUUAAAUUUUUUAGAACAUAACAAUUCUUUAAGGUAAAUGAAAAUUAGCAGUUUGCUUCAAUAGUCUGUAGUAAUUUAUGGAAUUACAGUAAUGAGAAAAAAAAGGUAGAAACUAAAAGUACAUAAUUCAAACAAAUAAUUGAGGGGCUAAUCCUGCCUCUAGCAUCAGGCCACAUGUUGUCAUCAACAUCACAUCUCAUGUUCUCUCUUGCCACCUGGGGAAGAACCUUCUGGAGGGCCUGAUCCAUCCCUGGCAGUCCUCUGGACUCGUGUCCUCACAUCCGGCACGCAUGGCUUCCAAAAGAGACAUUUGGUCAUGUGGGUGGUGACCAAACACUUGGUUCACGACAUUACAUGACAUGGUCUAUAAGUGGAGCCCUUAUUUCAUCUGGAAUAACAGCUCUUUGUCUUCUCUCCCUGCCACCCUUCUCCCUCCACGAACCCGUCUUCCUUGUUCCAUUUCCAAAAUGAGUCUUUCUGAGCUCUACCUAUAUAUACUGUAAUAUAUAUAUAUAUGUGUGUGUGUGUGUGUGUUCACUAACAAGUCUAAAACAAGACACCUGCUUAGCCUUUCAGCUGAAAUUGCAAUCAGCAGUGUUUGAAAGGCACAAGGCUGAACUCUAUUCCGUUUUGAAUGUGUGGUUCACAGUUUGGACAGCAGUGUGUUAGCAUGUGAACAAAGUGCUGUAGAUCCUCAGUGUUGUGCAGGUUGUGGUUAAAGUCAUGGGAUAAGUGUUAGAGUUUUGAAAACUGUUCAAGCAAUGAAAAACAAACUAGAGUUUGGUCCACAUGAACUGCUGCUGUGCAGACUGUAGUUAGAGUUUUGCACAUGUGACUCCAGUUGUGCCCACUGUCGCUUAGCUAACGAAAAAAACUGUAAUGGAGCGGGAGCAUUCAGGGGAAUAUGGAAUAUAUUAUGUAUCCGUGUGUUUUCUUUAGUGUAUAAAUCACCUGAACAUAAGAAUCAUUGUUUUCGUACCUUAUAAUGAGCUGCUGAUAGCCACACGGAGCCAGACGCCGGGUUUCUCCAGUGGCUCAGAACAUACAAGCCAAGCAUUGGCUGGAGACCGGCCCAUCGUUUCUUGUGUGGGCCACCGAAGUUCUUCUCACACACUUGGCACUCGGGAGAAGUUUCAGUUGGUUGCAGUCUGCAACGGCGCCAGAUCCUACAAAGGGCACCUUUAGGUGCCUGAGUCAGUUUGAGUCCCCAAACAGUCGAACAUGACAACAUGCAGCGUGUCCCCGACGGUGUCGUGAGGACUAACGCGGCUCACUGGCCCAAGACGACCCACAUGGUGCAGCGGCGUUGCUUCAAUAUGAAGUUCCUUAUUCACGAAGCAGGACAUUGUCUUGUCUGUUUGUCUUCUAUUAAACCUGAGGGACUAAAACCUGAUAUAAGGUUGUAUGUUUUUUGAAAACCAUUAAGAUAUUGAACUGCCAACAUUUUUACUACAGUAUGAAGACAUUUUUAUAUGUGAACUGGACCUAUAUAUAUAUGUGUGUGUGUGUGUGUGUGUGUGUGUGUGUGUAAUACGAUCACUGCAACUUGUAAACUGUUUGUUUAGGCUUUCCAGUGAACGGUGUACCUAAUAACUCAUUCUGCCUUUUCUUAUCAGCGCUGAGUCAACAGCUAAACCAACACCUCCGUAUGUUAUCAACACACACACACACACCUUCUGAAUUAUUACGUCUUUUGUUCUAACAUUACACGAAACAGUGUUUAAUUAUUCCUGCCAUCAUGUUAUUGUUGUUUUUUUUAGAAAAGUCUACCAUCAGUGUUUAAGUUUUCUUCCACUAUGUUUUCUGCUGUCUGGUACUGACAACAGUGUGUGCGUGUGUGUGUGUGUGUGUGUGUAGGUGUGUGUGUGUGUGUGUGAGAGAGGGAGCGAUGACUCUUUACUUUUCUGUAGAGGAGACAAUGUGUACUUGAGUGUGACUCAUGUCUUUGUUCAUUGUUGUAAUCACAGACUUGUCUUUUACGCAGUUGUUUUGUCAUCAACAUAAAUAUUAUGUGACGACACUUUCCCCCGUAACAUUUAUUUAUCGUCUCCAUUGGUUGUCUCAUCUGAUCGUGCAGGCAGUGCACUUAUUCAUCUACACACUAUGCGUACUUUAGCAAAGUCUGAUUCUGAUAGUUACUGGGUAUUAAGCCUUUUCUUCUCAUACUUUGUACUUCUGAAUCAUAAUUACAGUUUAUUUUGUUAAUAAAGAAUUGACAUCCAUAA